AUGGCAGCACCAUCACUGGUGUUAAAUAGAACAGAAGCUGCAGAAUAUGUAGUAGGAGAUGACUUGGGUUGGACUAUUCCUCCGGAUGGCGCUGCCACUUAUGCUUCAUGGGCUUCCAAGCAUACCUUGGUGGUUGGUGAUAUUCUAGUGUUUAAGUUUGAAGCAGGAGAACAAGACUUGGCUUUCGUAACCAAGGAAGAUUUGGGCAGUUGUGACACUGCGGAUCCCCUGCAUGUAUUCGAGAAACCAACAACAAUUAAAUUUCUUGGAGCCGAUACGUUUUAUGUCACCUCCACUUUGGCAGGGCACUGCUCCAAAGGGCAAAAGAUGACUUUUGACAUCUCACCCUCUUCAACCUUUUUCAACCAGUCCAAGUCCAAGUGCUGA